AGUUCUGUCGUAGUUUAAUCUCUGAAGCAUGGACUAUCCUGCUGCAGUCUCACUCUACCUGUAGCACAGAGAGCACCUCAAGCACUGGGAGCUCACUUUGUCUUUCACCUGUCAGCAGCAGACAGUAAGAUGCAGCUACGACUGUGCUGACCAGCAGCAGCUCAAACAAGUCACAACACUGGACAGCUGACGAGGCUGCAGCCUGGAUGUGAUUCUGGAUCAGCGUGUAAGUUUGUAUCCCAGCCUCAGUGUGCAAUGUGUGGACCUGCCUUGUCCCUGUGUCUGCUACUCUGGAUGGUAGGAACAGCUGUUUCCAGGACGCAAGGUCACGUCACAGCUCCUUCCAAUCUGAAGGCAGAGGUAGGUCGGCCUCUGCUGCUUAGCUGCAACGUCACCACGGAAGCAGGCGAUGUCGUCGCGCAGGUGCGCUGGCUCAACGAGCACAAGAAGGUCCUCCUGGCGUACAAGCCAAGCGAGCCGGUGCUAGUCAGCCAUCAGGAACCCAACGUGCAGCUCACCGCCUCCCACAACUAUGCCAGCUACAUCACCAUCAAGAGGGUGCAGCCCGCAGACGAGGGCUGCUACAAAUGCUUCUUUGAUGUUUACCCCAGUGGCUCGCUGGAAGGCUCCACGUGCGUCAGCAUCACUGGUAAAGUGAGCCUGGAGGGCAACAAGACGGCCGUGAGCGGGAAGCCGGCCACCCUCUCCUGCUGGUACGACCUCCCCGAUAAGGUGCACCAGGUGCUGUGGAGGAAGACGGCCGAGCAGGGCGACACCACCACCGUGGCCUCCUUCAACAAGCGUGGCCACCAGAGGACAGAGGAGCAGUUCAAGGGUCGGGUGAGCUUGAGCCGAUCCCUGAGCGACACCCAACUGACCAUACAGGCGGUGAGGAUGGAGGACGAGGCGUGCUACACCUGCGAGUUCCACACGUACCCAGACGGCACCAGAAAAGACACCGCCUGCCUGUCUGUUUACGUUUUACCCAAACCAGAGGUGAGUCACGUGACCUCGUCCUCAGGGGUCACCGAGGCAAACUGCACCGCAAAGGCCCGACCUGCAGUGGAGAUCAUGUGGAACGUCGGCGGGGACAACCAAACACUCGGACCGCCCAUCUCAUCCGCCUACGAGCAAGGUGACGGCACAACGGUAGUGACGAGCACGCUGUUCUUCCAGUCAGCGCUGCUCAAUAAACUGUCCAUCAAGUGCAUCGUGCACCACCCGGGUUUGGAGAAACCCCUGACUGUGUCCCUCAACACAAACGUGGGUCCAGCCAUGGUCAUCCUCCUCUCGGUGUGCGGUGUGGCAGCGGUCCUCCUCCUCUGUCUGUGUGUGUGUCUCUGCAAGUGCUUCAUCUGUACUGACGACUGAUUGGGAGGCUGGACGUCACUGCUGCUUUGAUGAAGGUCCAGCGGCGCUGAGCCUGACCUAGCUGCUCAGCACCGUGCCGUCCAGCUCAGCGAGCAGAGGAAGGGAACAGAGAUUUCACAGAACCGAGCCAAUGCCGCUGGUUCUGCUUCCACGAGCUGGGAAGAUCCCGCAAGUGCAGAAACACUUUUCUUUUGUCAUUUACUACAACGUCCACAGAACUAAAACUACAUUAUUUAAUGCUACAUGUUACACUUACAGUAUAAAGUGUAGUGAUUGAUGAAAUGUGUGUGUGUGUGUGUGUGUGUGUGUGUGUGUGUGUGUGUGUGUGUGUGUGUGUGUGUGUGUGUGUGUGUGUGUGUGUGUGUGUGUGUGUGUGUGUGUGUGUGUGUGUGUGUGUGAAUUCUAAGAUGUGAUAAGUUAUAUAUUUUUUUAAAUAGUUGUUGAUAUGUCUAGCUUCAGAAGACUUCACUCAGUUGUUUUGAAGUACUUUUGACUUUGUUGUGUAGCUUAUUAAGUAAAUCCACUAAAGUACAUCUAAAUUUGAAUAAAUCAAUCAUUUAUUAGUGCGGAAUUGAGUUCCCAUUCAAAAAAUAGCACCAACAUUGUCUUAUAUUAAUUUAAAGCCCCUUAAAACAUUGUUUUAAAAUCUUCAUUCUUUCUAUAUGACAUUAUUUUUGCAUGGUUUAAUAAGCUAAAUGAAAGUUUAUUGGGUGAUCUUAGGUUUUAUUUUUCAGAGUGCAAUUUUUAAGAGACUUUAAGGUGGCUAAAACUUCAGAGAAACGUUCUUGUCCGUUGCUGCCUGAUUGCUGUAAACCACCAAACUGCCCACUACAGGACGCUACAUCACCCCAAACCCCUCUAUUAGUGGUUGUCAAUGAGACAGCCGUUUAUGUGAACUACUGUAGGAAAGGAGGAGGAUUAAAAGGAUGCCAUGCCAAUACUGAACUAGACUUACAAGUUACAGGAAAGAGACUAAAGUCUGACUUUUAGUGAACCAGCCCUUGUGUGACUCAGAAUGGAUGGGCAUAUUUGAGUGGGAAAUAAUGAAAGGUUUGUUAUUUAUAGCUGCUGUGUUGUGCGGGACAGAGAAGGCAGGUCUCGGUGGUUAACACCGCCCAAACAAUGAACCCUGCAGCUUUGAAUCACUGUUUGAGUGUGUUGUGGCAUUGUUGUACAGUAUUUCAUGACUUACAGAGCCGCGCUGUAAGGAGCAACAGUGUUAGAAUUUAACCUUUUAUUUGGGAAAAUAUUAAUGUGUUGUGUACAUUAUAGUUAAUUUUGUAGAAAAUAUCAUAUUUAGUCUCAUUUAUCAGGAUUAAAUAUUUUCUAAUAACAGGUAUACUCAGCUUUUGGAUGGUUUUAGAGUAAUUAUCUGUAUAUAAAGAGGAUUAUAAGGAUUAAAUGUUAAUAAAUGCCUACUUUGAAGUAAAAAAUAAGUAGCUAAAUUGUCUACCUGCUGUUAAUUUGUUCUUUCAGUGAUAAUAAUAAUCACGUCUUCAGUAUUCACCUUUUAUCUGUAGGAGUUGAUAACUAGUUUCCUAAACUGGUGCUGAGAAAAAUAUGAAGUUUAAAUCAGAAAUAAAAACCUGA